CCUAUUAAAGUGUAUAGUAAUUUUAAGGAGGAUAGACAACAGCUUAAAAAAUAUCAAAAAGAUAAAAAAGGUGUUUAUUGUUUAGUCAAUUUGAUUAAUGGUCAUAUCUAUAUUGGUAGUUCUGUUAACCUUGCAGUUAGAAAGUCGAAUUAUCUAAAUACUACUUUUUUUCCUUUUGUUUUUGUGUUUUUUUUAAUAAAAAAAACAAUAAAAAAAGGAGUAAACAGAAAAAAUAAUAAUUUGCCUAUUAUACAAGCACUGUUAAAAUAUGGACAAGAAAAUUUUGCUGUUUUAAUUGUAGAAUAUGUAGAUAUUGAAAAUUUAUCUGUACGAGAAACUUACUAUAUUACACAUUUAUUACCUUUUUAUAAUGUAUUAAAACAAGGUUAUUCUUCAAUAGUUUUUAUGUAUAGAGGGGUUGUUAAAUUGUUUGAUUCUGUAGCCUUUAGAGCGGCAUGUUGCCGCUAA